AUGAGUGCCGUUGGUAUCGUGUCGCAGCAAAUAUCCGUCGAGUCCGAGGCCGCGUCGCAAUUAUCGAUAGUGAUUUCUAUGGUCUCGAAAAAAUUCAGGACCCAGCUGAUGAUUCGUUCAAUGGAGCCGGCGCAAGGAACCCUGCAGCUGGAGCACAUGUGGCUCAACCUCGGUCGCGGGUUCCAUUUCUUGCCGAUAUGUGGCACCCAGGAAACUGUGGCUGGCCGCUGGACAUUAUUGAAGAACUGGCAGCCUGGCAGUAACAGCACAAGGUUCCAGAAACUUGUCCACCUUGACGAUAUCAAGUGCGAUAUUUCUAUUGAAAAGUUUCUGGUCUUUUCAAAGGCUACCGAGACUGGAGACAUGGUUCUACUAACGAUGACGGCCACCAUCGUGGAGGUCAUGAAGCAGCUUGACGACAAACCCGUUGACAGCCAUGAAGAAGACAGUCCAUCCGAGGAGCCAAGCCUCGCACACCCGGCCGUUGGAAAACCGAUCACACAUGGCCAGAUAAUCAAUGUGUGGAAGCAAUCCAGAGGGGAGGGAAGUUUGGGAUGCUCGCUGGAGAAUCUCUUGCGUGGUGCGACAAUCUAUGUCCCGCCCCCUCCCCCAAAGCCGGAACCUUCGGACGAGUAUAAACAACUCAUGGCUCGUCUUCGGAGAGAAGAAGAAGAGCGAUCGUACGAGCGGAUGAUCAAGGCGCCACCGACCCGCGAAACGUUUGCCCAGCGAUUUCCAAUGGCUCCAAUGACCAUGGCCGAUUCGUUUGCCGAAGCCAACAAACCAACAAGGCAAUCCGACCUUGGCGAGGAGAACAUAAAUCACGGAGAGAUACAGCAGCAGAUCACCUUGAUCAUCAACUUUCUUGUCAGUAUUGCCGGGUGUGCCGCAGCUUUCUGGAUUUGUGCACAGUGGUGGAGCACGACGGCCAGACUUUUCCUCACCCUAUUUGGCACCAUAACUGUCGCAGUUUGCGAAGUCGCAGUCUACAAUGCGUACAGCUGGCGAAUGAUAGAGGGCGACAAGAAGCAAAAGAAUACAAAAGAGGUCAAGGACAUUGUCAAGACAUGGGUCAUUGGCGCAGACGAACCAACAAAGGAGGGUUAUGAACCUGUGCUUAUACAACCAAUGGUCCACGAUACAAAUUCGGACAUUCGACAACGAAAAGUUGCGCCUUUUUGA